UAAAUGUCACCAGGGCCGAUUGUGACACAUAGAGGAGUUUAUAACAGGUGUUCUCGCUGGGUUUUCACCUCUUUAGGUCUCUCUGGGACAUCGCCUGCAGAAGCAGCCUACAGGGGUUGCUUUUACUGUUGGGGUAAUGGAACCUCUGGAAAAGGAGAAGGAGGAUAAUCCGUCAGCCACAGCUAAUCUUCUGUCCAAGAUUUUCUUCUGCUGGCUGAACCCCUUAUUCAGAGCUGGGUACAAGAGAAGGCUGGAAGAAGAUGACAUGUACAAAGUUCUCCCAGAGGAUGCAUCUGAGCGACUUGGAGAGGAACUACAGUGGUACUGGAAUCGAGAAGUUCAGGAGGCAGCAAAAGAUCUGCGUCCACCCAGACUUACCAAAGCUCUCAUCCACUGCUACUGGAAACCAUACUCAAUAAUUGGAACAUACAUCUUUUUAGAGGAAGUUAUCAAAGUCAUUCAGCCUGUGCUACUUGGGAAGCUGAUAGAGUACUUUGAGAGUUAUGACACUGCUCAGCCAGCGUCGGUCUCUGAGGCUUACAGCUGUGCUCUAGGCAUUUCAUUGGCCACCAUGGGCCUAGCUCUGCUUCAUCAUCUGUACUUCUACCAAGUUCAGCGGGCGGGCAUGAAGAUUCGCGUGGCCAUGGGCCACAUGAUCUAUCAGAAGGGUCUUUGUCUCAGCAGCUCAGCAAUGGCCGAAACAACCACAGGACAGAUAGUGAACCUCCUAUCAAAUGAUGUCCACAGAUUUGAUGAGGUUACUUUAUACUUGCACUUCUUAUGGCUUGGUCCUCUUCAAGCAGUAUCCGUGAUUGUACUGUUGCUGUAUGUUAUCGGCCCCUCAUGUCUUGCUGGAAUGGGGGUCCUCUUAUUUCUGAUGCCAGUACAGACCUUGUUUGGACGUUUGUUCUCCAGUCUCAGGGCUGCAACAGCAGUGUUAACAGACGAGCGAAUAUGCACAAUGAGUGAAGUCAUUUCUGGGAUCCGAGUGAUAAAGAUGUAUGGAUGGGAAAAACCUUUCAGGGCACUUGUGGAUGAAGUCAGACGAAUGGAAAUCUCCAAGAUCAUGCAAAGCUCUUACCUUCGUGGCCUGAACAUGGCGUCAUUUUUUGUGGCCAGCAAGAUUGUCAUCUUUUUCACCGUCUGCGUUUACGUGCUCACAGGAAACAAAUUGUCAGCCAGCAAACUGUUCAUGUCCUUUUCCCUGUAUGGGGCAGUAAGACUUACCAUCACUCUCUUUUUCCCCUUUGCCAUUGAGAAGGUCUCAGAGUCUCUCAUCAGCAUUCAGAGGAUUCAGAAAUUUCUUCUGCUUAAUGAAGUUGCUCCUCAGCAUCUGGGAAUUCCUUUGGCAGACAAGAGGGACUUUAUAGUAAAAAUUCAAGAUUUGAAAUGUUACUGGGAUAAGAAUAUUGAAGCACCAACUUUACAGAAUGUGAAUUUUACAGUGAGACCUGAGCAACUGCUGGCAAUUAUUGGGCCUAUUGGAGCUGGAAAGUCCUCACUCUUGAAUGCCAUACUGGGAGAACUGAGUCAGGAAACUGGUGUGGUCAAAGUCAAAGGACAGGUAACCUACGCACCCCAGCAACCGUGGAUUUUACCUGGCACGAUCCGAAGCAACAUUGUGUUUGGUAAUAAGUUCAACCCCAAGAAAUAUGAUCGAGUCCUGAGAGCCUGUGCCCUCAAGAGAGACAUGGAUCUUUUGCCUGGUGGUGACUUGGUGGCUGUUGGGGACAGAGGGGCAAACCUCAGCGGAGGACAGAGGGCACGAGUUAGCCUAGCAAGAGCGGUGUAUCGUGAUGCAGAUAUCUACUUGCUGGAUGACCCUCUCAGUGCUGUGGACGCUGAAGUGGGCCGAUAUCUCUUUGAGGAGUGCAUUUGUGGACUCCUGAGGAAGAAGCCCCGUAUUCUUGUAACUCACCAGCUACAGUAUCUAAAGGCUGCAGAUCAGAUUGUGGUCUUAAAGGAGGGCCAGAUGGUUGCACGGGGGACCUACAGUGAGCUGCAAGGCUCUGGCAUAGACUUCACUUCCCUUCUUAAGGAAGACCAGGAUGAUGAGGGGCAGAACAUGGCCCCACUGUCUGGAACUUGCUCUUCCUGCCAUUACACCCUUUCUGACAACUCCUCCAUGUCUUCCCUUUCCUCCUCUCGAAGCUCUCUGAUUGAUGGAGGAGACAUCCUGACAGCGGUAGUGCAUCCAAUAGAGGAGGAAAGCCGCUUAGAAGGAAAUGUCGGCCUGAGUAUUUAUGUGAAAUAUUUUCUGGCUGGCGCCAACCUUCUGGUCCUCUUGUUUCUCAUUUUACUUAAUGGAUUAGCUCACAUUUCAUUUGUUCUUCAGGACUGGUGGCUUGCACAAUGGACCUCUGAACAGAAGUACGCCGGUGUGACUGAGCAUCGCAAUGGCAGCUUCCCUCAGCAGUUGGACCUUGACUUGUACCUAGGUGUUUACGCAGCUUUAACAGGCACCUCAGUUGUGUUGGGCUUCAUCCGCAGCUUGGUCUUCUUCAAUGUUCUGGUGAAGUCUGCUCAAACCCUCCACAACAACAUGUUUAAGGCCAUCCUUCGGACCUCAAUCCGCUUUUUUGAUACCAACCCAACUGGGAGAAUUCUCAACAGGUUUUCAAAAGACAUUGGCUACGUAGACUCUCUACUUCCAUGGACGUUUGUAGACUUCACCCAGGUGUUUCUGCAAGUCAUCGGAGUUAUUGCGGUAGCUGGUGUCAUUAUCCCCGGGAUUCUUAUUCCCAUUGCUCCUCUUCUCGCCAUCUUCCUGUUUCUGCGCCACUAUUUCCUGCAGACCUCCAGGGACAUCAAGCGGCUAGAGUCUAUAUCUCGGAGUCCUGUCUUCUCUCACCUUUCUUCCACCAUCCAAGGCCUGAGCACCAUUCGUGCCUUUAGGGUUCAACAUCAGUUUCAGGAAAUGUUUGACAAGUAUCAAAAUCUUCACUCAGAGGCCUGGUUCCUCUUCCUGACCACUUCGCGCUGGUUUGCUGUCCGUCUUGAUGGAAUUUGUUGCAUUUUUGUCACAAUUACAGCUUUUGGUUGCCUGUACUUCAGAGAUGGACUGGAACCAGGUGCUGUGGGCCUGGCUCUGUCGUAUGCUGUUACGCUCACAGGCAUGUUUCAGUGGGGAGUCAGACAGAGUGCAGAGAUUGAGAACCUGAUGACAUCAGUGGAGAGAGUGGUUGAGUAUGCGGAGCUGGAGAGUGAAGCACCCUGGGAGACGAACAAACAGCCUCCUGAACACUGGCCUCAGGAGGGCUCCAUCACCUUUGACAGCGUUAGCUUUUCUUACAGUGACAGCACACCUAUGGUCCUAAAGAACCUGAGUAUUGUCUUCGCAUCCAGAGAAAAGGUUGGGAUUGUUGGACGCACCGGCGCUGGUAAAAGCUCCCUCAUCUCUGCCUUGUUCCGACUGGCAGAACCUGAGGGAAGAAUAACAAUUGACGGCAUUCUGACUUCAGAGAUUGGUUUGCACACGCUGCGCCAGAAAAUUUCGAUUAUCCCACAGGACCCAGUACUCUUCACGGGGACCAUGAGGAAGAAUCUGGACCCUUUCAAGCAGCACACAGAUGAGGACCUGUGGAAUGCACUCCAAGAGGUGCAGAUGAAGGCGGUGGUGGAGGAGCUGCCGAACAAGCUGGAAACACUUCUGACCGAGUCAGGCUCCAACUUCAGCGUGGGCCAGAGACAGUUGGUGUGUCUGGCCAGGGCCAUCCUCAGGGAAAACCGCAUCCUUAUUAUUGAUGAAGCUACAGCAAAUGUAGACCCGAGAACUGACAGCCUGAUCCAGCAGACUAUCCGGAACAAGUUUCAAGAGUGCACCGUCCUAACCAUUGCUCACAGGCUCAACACGAUCAUUGACUGUGACAGAAUCCUAGUUCUGGAUGCUGGCAGGAUCCAGGAGUAUGACGAGCCGUACAUCCUGCUCCAGAACCAGGAGGGGCUCUUCUACCAGAUGUUCCAACAGACGGGUAAAGCUGAAGCUGCGUCAUUGCUGCAAACAGCCAAACAGGUUCAUGCAAACAGAAAGGGGGAGAGCGACACGUGCCACACCAAGGACAUCAGUGUCAUCUUUGAGACGUCCCUUUGACGGUUUGGAGAGUUCCCGUGGUCCUUUUAAUGCUGAACGACAAAGACCAAAUCUUUCCCCAGAUAUGCUUGGAUUCCUUGAUGUGCACACACAUCUUCAGACUCCCAGAAGGCAUUAUAGGUUUAGUGUGCACUGCAUUGAUUGGCAAAGACUUUUGGUCUGGAACAGAGAAGUUGUGUAAACCGGGUCUGCAUUUCAUUACCACAUAUAACUGGGUGACUGUUUAUUGAUUACCUACUGCAAGGUUUAUGAAUGUGUGUUCUGUCCUCCAGUGUAUCUUCUUUUACUCUGCACGUUUGAUGAAAAGAAGGCAGAUACUGAAUAUGUUUAUUUUAGUGCAAUAAAUUAUAUUAUUCUAUAGAAUAAAUUAUUCUAUUAGAUUUUCUAUUAUGCGGAAAGACGAGGAAACCCUAGGAGGAGCCAUCAGUUUUUGCAGUAAUUAUUUUGAUUGUUAGUUAUAGCGCUGUUUUAAUUGAACAGUUUUCCUAUACUUUGACUUUAGUGGUUUUAUGUCUACCUCUGCUCUUUUUUUAUAUCGAACAGCAACAUUUGGCUGCAAUGAUCAUGACCAAAGUGGGUGUGUUCCCUUCGGCAUUUGUAUUUUUGCAGUUUUGCUCAUUUAGUAUCCGACUUUUUUCAGAAAAUGAGGAAGGCUCCCUUUGGUCAUGAAAAUGCAUUGAUUGUACCAGUAGAGUGGACGUUUCAUAUUCGCUUUGAUUUCAAGCAGUUUAAGAUUACUCUUAAUCUACUGGAAUGAACUGUAAUUGUGUUAUCCCAGUGAAAAUUAUCCAGUUAUUUUAGUUUGAUCAGAUAUUACAAAGGUUUUAUAUUGGUAUAGAUCAAUUGGGAAGCAGGGAUCAGAAUUACACUAAACUAAAAUAGGGUUUAAUAUAAUAUUUUUAGAAAAUAUGAUUUAAUUCGUAAUCGUGUAACGGUACACAAUUUCAUACUAAAUAAUUUCAGUACAGCUUUUACUGUUCAGUAUGCAUGCAUACUGAACAAAUACAUAUUUACUAUGCAAUGCUGCGGUCCAUCACGCAACUUUUAAAAGUGACACCAAAACAAAACUAAACAGGGAGGACUCCCAGCUAACUCUAAUGUUUAUUUGGUAACAUUAAGGUUUCUUAUUCAGCUACAGUGAGAAUACAAUAAGAACUGUUGACCGUACCUAGGCUUUAUGUCAGCAAUAAGUUAAGUACAGUAGCUCACUCUACACUGAACUCAAGUAAGUAAGUAAAGUUUAUUUAGCGCCCAUCACAGAUAACGCAAUGUGCUGUACAACAUAAAACACAUUAAGUUACAUUUAGUAUAAAAACAAGCAUGUAGAAAGCACAAUAAAAUCAUGACAUGAAAGCCUGGUGGAACAAAACAGUUUAUCAGUUGGUUUUUAAAAACGUUGCAGGGGCAAACUGUACAGUUUUGAAGCCACAGACUAAAAGGUCCAGUCCCAAGCCCAGGGGCUUGGGAACGAAGACUACGAGGAGCAGAAUGUUUUGUUUAAAGCUUACAUAAUUAUUCAGGAGUCUGGCCAUUUAGAGCCCUGUUGGUGAGAACCAGAACUUUACCCGGCUUCUAAAAUCGACUGGGAGCCAGUGGAGAUAGUAUAAGACUGGGGUGAUAUGAGUGUUUUCUAGAUUUGGUAAGAAGUGUGGAUGCUGCGUUCUGAAUAGUUUGCAGAUGUGAAAUUGAUGAUUUGUCCAGACUGGUAAAAAGAGCAAUGCAGUAAUCUAGGCGUGAUGACACAAAUGCAUGAAUGAUGUUCUCUAGAUCUCCUCGAGAAGGCAUGUCUCAUAUGUUGGGAAUGGUUUCCUAAAUGAAAAAAAUGAGAAUGAGAAAUAGAUCUAAUGUGUGAGUCAAAGCUUAAUGAGGAGUCAAAUGUAAGUCCUAGGUUAAUUACUUAAUUACUCACCUAAGACAACAUUAGAUCAAAUAUAAAAAUUACAGCUACAGGAGAUACUGGAGAAUCAGCUGACGUCCAAAUCUGGCUGCCUGUAGUAUCCAAUCAGCCCAAUCUCUGUCCUAUGAGAUUCAAGUCAGAGGAAUUUCCUUUGAGAGGGGAUUUUCCCAACAGUUGCUCCUGCUGCAUUCAAGUACAGCUGGUACACUAGCUUGUCGAAAUAUUAAAACAACUACAAAGUGAUUUAAACAUCUUUUAUUCUCAAAUAUCGCCACCAAUGUCUGUAAAAAUCGGUGGUUAUAUUGUUGUAUAAUCUAUCUAUCCAGGCAUUGGCUUUGCCUGUUUAUACUGUUUCAUUCAUAUCUCCAGUCAGUUUUCUACUUUCCAGAAUUUUAAGUUUUAGAACUUUAUAAAAUCAAAAUAAAUCAGAAAAUAAAAAAAAGAUUGUUUAUUGCUGACCAAAGUAGGAAAGAAAAAGUUCUGAAGCGUAUCGAAAAUAUACCUUACUGUGUUUUUUGGUGUACCAUUACAUAAUUAGAUGAAAUUAUAUUGGAAAUUUGGGCAAUUUAUGAACUUAAAUUAACUUAUAACUCAUAAAAACUUAGAAACUUAGAACAAAGGAGAGCUUUUAUUAGAUGCUCCGAUGCACAUUUUUGGGGAUUUUGACUCCAUAAUAAUAUUUGAUUUUAAAUAUUUGUCAUAACUGAUAUUUUUCCCUCCAGACCACUUUUUUCGCUAACAUUCAGUGUUAUUCUUGGUCAUUAUGACCUAUUAGAUAACUUGAAUAAUCCAUCAAGUUAUCAUAAUCAUAUUUAGUUGCGUUUAUAUGUACAAGACUGAAAAUUGCAUAAUGAGCAUCAGAAUGAUCAUGUCUAUUCACAUUCAGCUUCAGAGCUGCUAAAUGUGAACUACGAGAAGAAGGUAAUUAUGGGGGACACAAUGGACCUCAGUACAUAAUGCUAGUUUAAAAAACUUCUUAACUAUAAGACUUUCUGGGAUAUAAAUGUUGGUACAACACUGGUAAAGUUACUACAAUCAUCAGCACAGUUACUCGAUGAUGAUGUGCUUUGAGAAGCUUCACUGCCAUGACUGAUGGUUCUUUGUGAAAGAAUGCGAUGUAACUUGAUGUGUUUACAUCAGAGAUUGAAAAAUAUGAUGGGAACAUUGUUUUAAAUGUUAAAAUGUUUAAUUAUAGCACAGUUAGCAUUGCUAACUGUAAUUGCAGUCUCUGAGUUUAUUUCUACAGUGUAAGUAUUCCAACCUUCUGUCAAUAUAAAGGCUGCCAGACUUUCCAAAUCCUACAUGCUCCCUGACAGUUAGAGGUUUAACUAUGAAUGAAGCAACUUUCUGUAAUCCGGUUAGCCUUCCUGUUGCUGCUGAGGGUCCUCUGUAGUGCUGUAUUGGUGUACCAAGUUCUCUCCAUAGUUAUUUUUGCUGUAAAAAUACUUCAUAACAUUUACUGCUCUAAUUGUUUGGACAAACAAUGAAGUAAUUAACAUUACAUAAUAUGUCAAAUCUAGUUAAUUUAUAUUCAACUGUCAAAUUUUCCUUCCUUCCUUCCUUACUUACUUACUUGUUUCCUGCUUUCUUUUUCCUCUGCUCUUUCAUUCCUCCCUUGUGUGCCUAAUUCUUCCUGUCUUCCAGGCCUCCCUUUAUUUCCUUGUCCUUCCUUCUUUUAUCCAUUGCGUGUUUCAUCCCUUAUUGUUUAUUUUUUCCUUCCCACUGUCCCUUCUU